UAGGUGUAGGUAUCUGGGACUGGGAUGAGUGAACUUUCCCCUUAGAUGGACUGAGAGCCGUAUGGCUAUAAAUCUGGAAAGUCGAUAUAAUUUAAAUUGCUAGAGGAAAUGGAAUGUUUUCAAUAAGAGAAACCAUGAGGAACUACUUUGAUUGUAAACUGUACACAGAGUGACAAUCUUUGAGUAUCUCGGUCGCUGGAAUUUAUUAUCUUAUCUACCAUAAUCAGAAGUACAUUUAGCAUCCUGCCACGCAUCUUAUUAGAAAUAAACGAAUAAACAUAAUAAUAAGUAGUAUUAUGUAUUAAACAAUGGAUCAUUUAUUUAAAAGAGAAACGGCACCUUGAACCUUGAACAGAAGAAGUGGUCGUGACCUUGAUGGUUUCUUUCGAUUUUCAUAACCCUCAAUAUCUUUAAAUACAAGAAUCUCAAAAAGUACAAGAUAUUUUUCGGUUUAAAAAUGGUUACAUCUACUGGCAACGAUGUUAUAACACUAUUUGCUAAUUUUCUAAGCUUAAUUACUGUUGCGAUAUGCUUUAUUUUAAAAAUUCCUCAAAUUUUAACCAUUUUAAAAGUUGGAAAUGCCAAAGGUAUAAAUAUCAUUGCUCUCUUAAUGGAGCUAUCCAGCUACACCAUCAUGAUGUCCUACAAUUAUAGAAAUGGAUAUGCGAUUUUAAGUUAUCUCGAAUAUCCCAUUAUACUAGUUCAAGAAAUAAUACUCAUAGUUUGUGUGCUAUAUUACAAAGAUAUGCUAAAUGUUAGCAGUUUAGCUGGUGCAUGUGUUUACUUUUUAACUGCAGCUUCAUUUUUACUGGGAGUGGUUCCCCUGGGACUUCUUGCUUUCUUAGUGCCCCUCUGUACACCAAUUGGUGCUUCCUCAAAGGUUGUGCAGCUGUAUGAGAUUUUAAGAACAAGAAAUUCAGAAUCAGUUAGUGUCCUUACAUGGUUUAUCUCAGCUUUUACUAAUUUUACUCGGGUAUUCACUAUAUGUGUGGAAUCAAUGGAUCUCACCUUACUUCUUAAUUUCACUAUUAACACCUUCUUGAGUAGCUCAGUAAUGAUAGCAGCUUACUGGUUCAAACAUCCCAAGAGGGAAUAAAGGGUUGUAAAUAGAUUUAAGUAUUCAUAUUUGCCAUCACAACUAAAAUGGCAGCUACUGAGAUUGAGAUUAUGUAUGUAUAUUAUUAAUUAUAUCUGUAAAUAUUACAUGUAAGUAGUUGGUAGGUAAAGUGGUUGUUUCUCCUCUUAGACCUUUCCACACCUUGACCUGAAAGAUCUUUUGUGCCUUCUUCUUCAUCAUGUACCUUCCUUUCAGAACGUUGGUUACCAUCAUAGCUAUUUUAAUUUCAUUCACUUCCAACCUAAAUAGCAUGCUUGUAUCAAUACCAUGAUAAUCUCGCAAGUUAUUCAACCAUGAAGUCCUUGUUCAUCCUGGACUGUUAUUUUCCCUUGCAUACUAUUUUGUAGCAACCUUUUUUUGGGACUUCUCAUUACAUGUCCGAAAUACUCCAACUUUCUCUUCUUGGUGUUUUUUAUCUCAGUAGUCUUACUGAGACGUUCUAGUAUUGUGGAGUUUCGAAGCUUCUCCAUCCAAGAAACUUUUAAAAUUUUUCUAUAGCACCACACUUCGAAAGCCUCAAGGCAAUUUAGAUCGAUUUUAUUCACAUUCGCAAGAGUCGACAUCAUAAAGUAGGACUGUGAACACGUAACAGCGAAAGGGAACUUGCAUACAUUUUUAAAUAUUAAAAUGAUAUUAAAAAACAUAAGGUAACAUGAUCUUAAAACGAUUGCAUGCGAAAAAAAACAAAUAUUUUUAACCCGUAAGCUAAUUACGACGCUCUGAAAAUGCUAUAAAAUUCAAAUAUCUUAGGAGGCUCUUGAACGUCCUUCUAUUGGUUGACGUCACGGGCCACCGUCAACCGGGCUAGCUAGUCGGAAACAACGCGAUUAGGGUAGGUAUCACGGGUAUAUUACAUUUUAAUCGUCUUUAAUGAAAAAUUCCUAGGUAUUAUUUAUGUUCAUCUUAUAUAUUGUAAUAAGUAGUUCCCCAAUCAGCUUAGUUUUAAACUGAAAUUGAUAAAGUUGAGUGCUACUUUGUAAAGAGUUUAAAACGCAUAAUAUGACGGACGAGGGUUUUUGAAAAGGUCAAUCUGACUAACUUACCUACCGUUGAUGUCUUCAUCGUGGCAACUUUUAUAAAAAGUAGUAAAAGCUAUUCUAUUGGAGAAAUGCGAGGUGUCAAGGCAAAUAAGUAAGAGUUAUUAAUAAGCAUGUUUAAACCGUUUAUAACAAUAGUUUGGUACCAUUAUAGUAUAGUAUACGGUUUACCCCGUGAGUUUGAUCUACCUACCUCUAAUCGAAGAAUUUCGUAUAUCCUGGAAAAGAUUACGGUGUAAUUUGCAUUAUAAUAAAGAUUAUAUUUUAUUGUAAUGUUUAUUAGUACCUACUGGAGCCUUUCAUUAUUGUGUUAAAAGCCUUCUGAGAAAAGAUUAUGGUGAUUAGCAGACGUACCGAUAGAACGUGUACAUAGCCAACAAAAUCCUUCUUUACAAAGUUAAUAAUACGCAUAAAUAAGAAGAAUCAUUAUUGUAAUUUUACAAGUUAAUAUCUUUAUCAUCUCAGCUUAUACUUACACCGCAUCCCUCGGUAGACCGCAAGCUAUAGUAGAAACCCGACUGUAGACCGCAUACUAUAGUAGCACCAAUACUUUUUACUUACUCUUACUUUUAUUACUAAAAGUUUUGUUUAUUUUUAAGUUACUUGUUUCUUCUUUGUUCUUCAACACAAGAAACGACAAAAGUAAUUUCAUAAAAAAGAACUUUUUGAUACAUGUCAACAGAGAUAAAAUGUUAAUAUUUUGCCUGUCACAGAAUAAAUCAUUUUUGCCACCGAGUAAAACAAGAUAUUUCAACUAUAUUAUUUAUCUAUGGGCAAACUGCAUUAAAUGCAAUAACCCACCCCGAACGGGCAAACGAUACGAGUGGCCUGUGACGUCAGACCCCAGGUCUCGCUUUUGAAGUUGUUUAAAACGGAAAUUUUAGGCGCGAAACUUUGAUUAGAUGUUGUACGUACACUAUUCAUUGUUAAGACAUAAUAUUUUGAAUAUAACAUUUUAAAACAUAAAUUAACAAUUUUAUGCAAAAAGAUUUUUUAGUGCAAGUUCCCUAUUUUAGGUCUCUGUUGCAUAAUACCUUGGACAUACUUCUAAAAGCGGCACUGACCUGUUCUAUUCUGGAUUUAAUUUCGCUGUGACUCUCUGCGUUACAAUUUAACCGAUAUCCAAGGUAAAUAAUUUGAUCAACUUGCUAAAGUUUGUUUACUUAUUACGAGUAUUUUGAUUUUCCGUAUGCUCAGAUCUAGACCUCUUUUUUUACAGCUCUCAACGACACUGUUAAAUAAUGUUUGCAUAUCUUCUUGAGUAGAAGCUACGAGUACUGUGUCUUUCGCAUAUCGCACCGUUCACAAUAAUUAUUCCUUCUUGUUUUUCAGAAAGUGCAUUUCUGAAAAUUCUUUCGGACUAAAUGUUGAAAAGCAGGGGCGACAAGAGGCAUUCUUGCAGUACUCCUCUUUUGUGUGAGUCCACUACAUCUGUGUUUGCGCGGGUUUAAAUAGCUUUUAGUGCCUGCUGUUGAGCACUUUGUGAAUGUUACUGAACAGGUACUUGUCAGUUCUUGCUGAGCUUUAUCGUGAUUUUGCUAUUUUUGUAGUUUCUCUUCAUCUUCGCAAUUAUUAACAGGAUCUAGUUUUAUAGUUUCUUCGAUUAUGGGAGUUUAAUCUUUCCACAGAAAAAUAAGGAAUGAGUGGUCAUUCAGCAGAGAAUGUCAUCUGUAUGAAGGCUAAUGAGAGUUAGUGUCCCUCAAACUCUUAUGACUUGUGUUUUCCUCCCAAAAUAAGCGACCAUGACAGCAUGAAGAACCCUCUAACAUGAUAAGAUCUCACGGUCAUCUGAGGGAAAGUAAUAAUUAAAUGAGUUUUACGUACGAAAAAAAAAUGCUGUAUAAAAUAACGAAUAAGUCAACUUAAGCCGCCUGAACUAAUUAUAUGUACAUAUAUUUUUAUUAAAUCAUAUAUCUAUAAAUAUUUUAUAAUUUUUUGUUAGGAUUGUUUUUAUAUACAUAGAAUAGAUAAAACUGUUAUACUCCUCUCAUUUACGUAUAAUGUGUACUCAUUGUCCUUAAAUCAUCACGAUUAUUGAGUGAUAUUAAAUGCACAAUAUAUAACUGAACCUAACCUUAUAUAACCUAAAAUAAUACUAAUUAUUGGGCAUUAUAAAGGGUGUCCCGAAAUUAUUGGUCAUAAAUUAUACCACAGAUUCUGGGGUCAAAAAUAGGUUGAUUGAACCUCACUUACAAAAUAAGUACACAAUAGUGUGUAUAAGUAUACAUAAGUGCACAAUAGUGCACUCAAAAAAAGUUACAGCCCUUUGAAGUUACAAAAUGAAAAUCGAUUUUUUUUCAUAUAUCGAAAACUCUCUGAGAUUUUUUAUUGAAAAUAGACAUGUGGCAUUUUUAUGGCAGUAACAUCUUAAAAAAAAAUUAAAGUUAAAUUUGUGCAUCCCAUAAAAAUUUUAUGGGGGUUUUGUUUCCUUAAAUCCCCCAAACUUUUGUGUACGUUCCAAUUAAAUUAUUAUUGUGGCACCAUUAGUUAAACACACUGUUUUUAAAACUUUUUUGCCUCUUAGAACUUUUUCGAUAAGCCAGUGUUUAUCGAGAUAUUUUGAAUAUUUGUCGAAUCCACCACAUAUUUGUAUAUGGUUAAGUACGAUUAUAGAGACCUGUUAAUAAAUCUGAAAAUGUAUUUAUAAUUUACAUUUUUAGGUAUAUUUUGAAAAAGAAGCUACAUCUCGAUAAAAGUUGAGUUAUGAAAAAAAGACUAAGAGGCAAAAGUUUUAAAAACACUGUGUUUAACUAAUGGUACCAUAAUAAUAGUUUAAUUGGAACGUACACAAACAUUUAGGGUGUUUAAAGGAACAAAAUCCCAAUAAAAAUUUUACGUAAAUAUAUUGAAAAAGAAGGCGCAUCUCGAUAAAAAAUGGCUUAUCGAAAAAAUACUAAGUGGCAAAAAAGUUUUAAAAACGUUGUGUUUAACUAAUGGUACCACAAUAAUGAAUUAAUUGGAACGUACACAAAAGUUUGGGGGGGUUUAAGGGAACAAAAUCCCCAUAAAUUUUUAAUGGGGCGGACAAAUUUCACUAUAAUUUUGUUUUAAGAUGUUCCUUCCAUAAGAAUGAUACAUGUCCAUUUUCAAUAAAAAAUCUCUAAUAGUUUUCGAUAUAUUGAAAAAAAUCGAUUUUCAUUUUGUAACUUCAAAGAGCUGUAACUUUUUUUGUGAGCACAUUUGUACUAAGGUAAGUUAGGUUCAAUCGAACUAUUUUUGACCCCAGAAUAUGUGGUAUACUUUAUGACCAAUCUUUUCGGGACACCCUGUAUAUCCACGAAUCCAUUAAAUGUUAUUAAAAUAACUCGAAGUAAUGUGAUAUUAAAAAUGAAGAUCAAAUAAAAUCUGUGAUGAACUUGGCCAAUAACCCACCACACUGGCCCAUAAGGGUUGGUAGGUGGUGACGAAUAUUGAGAAGGAAUUUUAGGCGUAAAAAUAAUAUCUAUGGAAUUUUGAUCUAAUUUAUCCGUAUCAUGGAGUGAAAGAAAAAACCCUUGUCUCCAAACCUAAGUCUUUGGUUUGCUGUAUUUACCUAAAAUACGGCUAUAUAAUUCACAUAAGAGCAUUAUUCACAAUAGGGCUUUUCAUCGAUUGUCAUUUGUUUCGAGCUUCUGUCAUAUGUUGUAUAAUCUGUGUAUAAUAUUAAUAUACACGGAUUAUACGACAUAUGACAGAAGCUCGAAACAAAUGACUGAAUGAAAAGCCCUAUUGAGCAAUUAUCAAAUUAAUUCUUAAUUAUAAAUAUUUAUUGAAGACCUUGCUUCAAUUGCUUGCAAAAUGGACUUUGAUCUGAAAUAAUAGAAACCGUUUGAACUAGAUUUAGUGUGCACCCUGUGUACUAUAAUAGGCAUUUUUUAUGGCCAAAGGCUUAACACUUUAUAUAAAAAAUUAAUCUGCUAGUAAAUGAAUUAUUAAAGUACACUUCGCGUCAAAAAAAACUGGUACACUUUUUUUCCCAAUGUAAACCUGUGUUCAGACUGGACACAAUGGCUCGUGAAUCACGGCGUUGUUGCCAGCACAGAUAAUGAAUUGCACUAAAUCUAAAUACAAAAAAUAACGUUCAAAAACCAUGGUGGUGAAUCGUAAAACGGGCCAUAGGUAAAUCAAUGUAAAAUUCUAAACUGUUAAAUUCCUGCUUCCCUAAUCAUUUUACAACAAAAAUCAUGAGAAGCUAUUUGUAUGGGAUUAAAAUCUGUUUUAAAAACAAAAGCUUCUUCUUCUUCUCUUCAUUUGAAUGGCCUUAGCUGCCAGGGCUAUCCGGCCAGGAUCCGUGAAUAUAGACUUGAAUAUUCAAGAGCCGUACCUGAGGUACAUCUGGGCUUAAGCUCAUAGCUCCUGAAUCUGAAAUAUUAAGAGAUAAAAAAAAACUUUGUAAUUGUUUAUAAGUUCCAUAACUAAAGUUCUACUAUUAAUGGUCUAGUUCUAGUACUACCACGCAAAACCGCACUAAGCACAAAGCACAUGCAUUGCAAGCAAGCAUAAAGUCAUAAAGUUUUUAAGCAAGCUACACACGAGUCAUUGUUGAUGUUAAAAACUUUUGCACUGCGAUUAAUGUCUUUGAGUUUAAAUUUUUAAACAACACAUCAGUUAAUGUCGGAUCACCUUCUAGUUCCCUUCUAAGCAACUGGGACUCUCUUUGGAACCUAGUACAUUCCAAUAAAACAUGUUGUAAAGUUCCUACACUGCCACAUAAACACUGGUUUGAAUUCACUACCGUCAAUCUAAAUAAAUGUACAGGAACACUACAAUGUCCACUUCUCAUACGACACAUUUGUGUGAUUAUACCUCUCCCCAGGUUGGGAAAUUUUGUAAACCAUGCCUUUUUAUAUGGAACUGUAACUUGUGAGCAAUAAGUAAUUCCUUUUGCCUGUCCUAUUUGUUGGAAUCGAUUUUCCCAACCGAUCCAUAGGUUUUCUUUAUAUUUAAUUUGAAAAUCUUUAAAGGAGGCCUUUGGUUCUUCACUAAUGGGCAGGUUUCUUCCAAAAUUCGCAAGAUGGUCAGCUCUAUCAUUCCCAAUAAUUCCAGUGUGACUUGGAAUCCAUGCAAAUUUAAUUUCUCUAUGUUGUUCAUCAAAUUCACAUAGUUUUUGUUUUAGUUGGAGAGUUUGUGAGUCUAUUGCCGCCUUGUAGCUUGAUCUUGUGAUUUUUUCUAGAGCACUCUUAGAAUCACUACAGAUGAGGCACUUUGUAAAAUUAUUCUGUUGGAUUAACUCUAAUGCUUUUUUAAUGGCAAAUACUUCUGCUGAGCAAAUUGAAUUAGCGGAGGGUAAUCUUGCUGUUAACUGUGUUCUCUCGUUAAGGUAUAUCCCAAUACCUACAUUACCUUGUUUAUCUUUGGAUCCAUCUGUGAAAAUAAGUUUAUAUUCCGACCAGUUAUUGAGGUACCAUUCCAUAAACUUGGUUUGGUUAUUUGCUUCUUUGCCCAUAUUGACAGUUUCAUAAGCCAUAGGAGAAAUCUGAAUAUUAAGUGGAAAGGAGUGACAAGGAAAUAAGGAGCUAUGUGCUACCUCAUGAAUUUCAUGUAAAGUAUUCUGGAAAGCAGCCAGUAUUGGUGGGAAAUAUUUUCUUCUCCAAAAACUAAAGCAACCCAGAAAGACAUUGUGAAAUUGCUCAAUUGAGGCAUAUAUAGGGUUGUCAUAGGCUACUACUUUUAAAAUGAAUUUAGAUGCUAGCCAUAUUCUUCUGAGAUCUAACGGUGUUUCUCCACACUCUGACAAAAUUAUAUGAACUGGAGAAGACCUCAUAAAUCCCCCCACCACUCUAAGAGCUCUAUACUGAACCUUAUCCAAUUUUGCAAGUAGAGAACGUGCACAACCUCCCAGAAAAAUGGAUCCAUAGUCAAGAUGUGAUCUAAUGUAUGCCUUAUAUAGAGUGAGUAAAGUUGCAGGAUGUGCUCCCCACCAAGUUCGACACAAACAACGAAUAAUAUUGACUCCACUGGAAGCCCUCAAUGCCAUCUUUUCAAUUUGACUUCUCCAAGAAAGGGAACUAUCUAGAAUAACUCCCAAAUGAGAAACUUCUUGUUUCCAAUCUAAACGUGUGUUAUUCACUGAUAUUAGUAAAUUCGGAAUAUUAUUCCUAUUUCUAUCAAAAAAAAUUGCUUGACUCUUGCUAGAUGACAGACACAUUCCCAUAUCAUGAAGUUUAUUAGAAAUACUUUCUACUGUACCAUUCAAUUUUUCCACAACAUCCACCCAGCUGUUGCCGGAGCAAUAGAGGGCAACAUCGUCUGCAUACUGAGUAAUUAGAACAUCCUCUGGCACACAAAAUGAAAUUAUAUUGAUGACAAUAUUAAAUAGUACUGGACUCAAAGGGGAACCCUGAGGAAGGCCCACAUUGGUAGUUCUUGGUCCUAGCAGAUUUAAGGAAAUAGGAUCACGAACAGACACCAAACGAUUAGUCAAUAAAUGUUUAACCAAUUCAAUAAGUAACCAUGGCAAAUUGAGAUCUCCCAAAGCGUCCAAUAAUUGGAUGAUUGACACUUUAUCAUAUGCAGAAGAAAUGUCUAACAUAACAGCAGCUGCUGGUUUCCUUUUUGAGAUAUUCAUUGAGAUUUCAUUGACCAGAUGAAUUAUGUUUUCAGACACCCCUCUACCUUUACGAAAGCCAGUCUGGAAAGGCGAUAGGAUCAUAAAAUGUUCUACAUACCAAUCUAACCUUAUUUUUAUCAUGUUCUCUAAAAGUUUACUAACACACGAUGAUAAAACGAUUGGUCUCCAGCCCGAAAGACAAUUUAUAUUUUUAUUGGGUUUGGGAAUUAAACACACUGUUUGUGAUUUCCAUUGAGUGGGAAUAUGCAUUCCCUCCUUUAAACAUAAAUUGAAAAAAUUUAACAGGAACUUGAUUGCUGACUCUGGAAGAUGUUGCAACAUAGAAAAUGUUAUACCAUCCUGGCCCGGCACAGUAUCUUUUCGUUCAACCAAAACCAAUGAAAGUUCGUUUAAAGUGAAGAGUUCACACUCGAUAGUAUUAGAUUUCACUGGGUGAGACGCAAUGUCCUCAAAUACAGGUGGAGUCAAUGAACAAAGCAUUUCCUCCCCUAACGAUGAAUUACUAGGAGUUCUAACUGAGGCUUUAGUGAAAGCCUUAUGGAAACUUCUCACUUUUCUCCACAUUACUGAUAUUGGAGUAUCAGGUGAAAUUGUGGAACAAAACACAACAAAUGAUUUUUUCUUUUUGGAUUUAAGUUCUUUUUUACAAUGUGCCCUAAUUUUUUUAAAAUUAAUGAAGUUUUCUAAAGAAGGUACCUGUUUGAACUUCUUGACUGCCUCCCUCUUUGAUUUAAUUAAAACUGAACACUCUUCAUCCCACCAAGGUAAUUGUGGUUUAUGGAAUCUAACACGCUUUUUCUUAGGGAUGAACCUGUUUGCUGCGUCUAAUAUUAGGUUUUGAAAAUCUGUGUAAGACUCAUUAGGGAUGUUGUUAAUGUUAGACUCAAUAUAUUGGUUGAAUUGUUCCCAAUUGGCUUUUUUCACAUUAAAGAUACUGCGAUCUUGAAGAGGGUCAUUUCCUUGGGGACUAUUUCUAUCCUGCCCGUAACACACUACAAAAGGAAAGUGAUCACUUGCUCCUAUCUCUGGAAAAACUUCCCAGAGGCAGUCCACAGCCAAACCUGGAGAUGCUAUAGCUACGUCAGGGACACUGUUUGAGUCAGGCGGUGAGAUUCUUGUCGCCUCACCCGUAUUGAGAAAACACAAGUUAUCCUCCUCCAAAAGAUCUGCAAGACGAUUGCCGUUCGGAUUGUUAGAUGAUGAACCCCAUAAAGAAUGUUGGCAAUUCAAGUCACCUAUGAAGAAAAACGGUUUAUCACACAUUUGAACCAAUUCUCUAAAGAUCUCCUUACGAAAACGAACAUCUGGUGUCUUAUACGAUCCUAUAAUAAAAAAUUUUUCAAAUUUGAUAAUGAUAGCCUGCCAUUUUUCAGGCAAGUGAAUAUGUGAAAUGUCUAUCCUAUCGGCUGCCAGAGACUGAUGAAUAAGUACAGCUAUUCCACCCCAUCCAUCAAUCCUAUCAUCCCUAUAGCAGUAAAAAUUGGGAAUAUGCAAGUGCUGUGAAAAUUUCAGAUGUGUUUCAUUUAGAAGAAUGAUAUUAACAUCGUAUUCGUUAAGAAACACCAUUAGAUCUUGCUUAUUGUUAAAGAAACCAUUAAUAUUCCAAUGCAAAAUAUUAAAUAUCAUAACUGUAUAUAUAAUUUGUUACUAUUAUUAUUAUUUUUUUAUUUUUAAUAUAAAAAAUAAUUAUUAUAUUAUCUGUAAGAAAUAAAUGAAAAUUCAGUCAACACUACUUUUACUAAAAUUAGAUGUAUUAUGUGACUCAUCAAAACCUGCAAAAUCCAUAUUAUUAUCAGAGGUUAAAUCAACGUUUUUUGAAAAUACACUAUCCUGAGAAUGUACACGAUUGCUUGUUAAUGAGAGUGCAAAACUUGGGCCUUGUGAUCCCGUAUACUUUUGUGAAUCAUUUAAUUUGUUUAAAAUCGGUAAUCUAGGUAAAUUUCUGCUUAGAUCCUCAUUUAAUAGAGCUUUAUGCGCCUCUUUGUCAUAACUAAUGUCUUUAAGAAUUACUUUAUUUUUCCUUUUAACUGGGACCACAUGACUUUGACUCUGGAAAUGGGGAGUGGAAGAUGGGGAUUUUUGAAGUGCUUGAGUAAAUGCUCUGGGUGAGCUGGAUAGUAAAGAAGGAAAAUCCCUACUUCUCCUCUGAAACAUUCUCGAAUUCUCUGGCUUUUCCUUAAUUGGGGGAAACAGAUUGGCAGCUUCAAAAAAGGUGAGAUCUUGGAAGACCAUUACUUCAUUUAUCUUUUUCUGUCUUUCGAAUUCUUUGCAAAUUUUAUUUGUGGCAAGGUGAUCAAGAUCGCAGUAUAGGCAUUUUGGUACAGAAACUGUGCAGCUUUGUACUGUAUGUUCAUCGGAACAUUUCGGGCAUCUUGCUUUUCCCCUGCACUGUCUUUGUGAGUGCCCAAAUCUUAGGCAUUUGAAGCAUUGCUGUACAGGAGGAAUGUAUGGAUCUACUGUUACCAAGUUUGAAUAUAUGAUUAUUUCUUUAGGGGGAGUUAUUACGUCAAAGAGUAGUUGUACAGUUCCUGUUGGAAUGUAUGUAACGGUCCCACUGCUAUCUAAAACUCUUCUGUUAAGUCUUCUGGCCGAUAUAAUUUUCACGUUUUUUUGUAAUUUACUGUCGUUAACUAUGUUUUCCAUUGAAAUAUUUAUACUUACAUCUCUAAUAAUACCCCUUGAUGUUAGCAUUUUUUGAGGUAUAUAAGCAAGAAAUCCUUUCUCAAGGAUUUCUGUACUAUUUAGUACCAUAUUUGCCUGUUUGGAGGUGUUAAAAAUUACUCCAAUUCUAUUCAUGCCUUUUCUACUAAUUUCUUUAAUUCCAGUCGUACCCAUUGUAUGAAAUACUUUCCCAAUAUCCAUAGGAUGGAUAUUUCCUGCUUUUCCCUUGUCACUCUCUAUCAUAAUAAGGAAUGGGCCGAAGUCAGUGUCCUUGUAUUCAACUUUUCUUCUACUAAUAUUUUCAAUCCUAGAUGAUAAGUUAUUAACUUCUGUUAACAUGAUCUGAUCGUUUUGGAAUUUAUUUUUUAAAGCACAGAGUUCUUUUUCUAUUAAAUUAAUGUUAUUUUUAUGUCUCGGGGCUAGCAUGUGUAUGGAAUUUAAAAAAUUUUGCGAGUUCAAUGAAAGCAAAGCAUAGAUCCCGCCCCCUAUGUCAGGGGGGCCGGGAGAGUUAGUGUCCAUCUCCUAAGCCAGCCUCUACUCUACUAUACUACUGCUACUAUGAUUAUAUAAAGGCAAAACUUACAGAAAAGUCCUUAGUAUUUCUAAUUCACUACUAACGUAUUAUCCCGUUUUAACUUUUAAAUUAACUACUAAAUUAAUGUUCAAACACUAACUAACUAUAUCUACAGUAUAAUUACUUAAUUUAUAAAAAUUUUAACGCGAUGAUUUCAGAUUUUUCUAAAAAAUAAAACUUGACGUCUAUCAACCUAAAUAAUCAGACGCCGACAUUCAUUUCAAAAACAAAAGCUAAAAUUGUUCUAGGAUUUAAACACAUUCCAACAUUUUGAAAAAUACCUACAUUUGCCACAGUAGGCAUGUGUGUAAAAGUUAGGCCCACGUUAUUAUUUACCUUAUUGUUCGCACACUAUUGACUGAAUAAAACAUCUUUAUUAUUAUUACUUUCUCCUCAACUGAGGCUAUCUUAUCAAUUUUAUUAUUUUUUAAACAAGAAAUGAUAAAAUAAAAAUUUUGACAGUUCAAAUUGUCAAUAUUUAUAAUAACUUCACCGUGACGGAACGCAACCGAUACACAUUAUGGUAAUGUGUGUGGCCUAACUUUGGCGUAUUUCUGUGAAAAAUUCUUAUUAUAUUUCUCAUGAUUCGAAAAAAAAAAUGAAUACAUUUAAUAAAACACAUUGAACAUUUUGACAGGCGACAUUUUCCACCUAUGUGCUUAAUAUUUCAGCAGUUUCGAAUUUUAUUGUAAUACAUAAUAUUUAAGUUCCACAAUUAUUCACUGUAAAAGUUAUUCAUUUUGUAUUAAUUUCAAAUUUUAAUUUUUCCAGUGUGUUUUAUUUAUUAGUAUCCCACAACUUUACAAGAAACCCUUCACAUUUCUCGAUUUUAAAUUAAACAUAAUAAUUUAAUGUCAUGUCUAGAGUUAUUAUCGGUCAUUCAUGUCAUAUCUGUCAUAAAUUAUAAUAGAACACGAAUUAAUUUAUGGGUACUUAAUUGAGAUGAUGCAUGUUUUUUUUAGGAUGCAUGUUUAAAUAAAUGUGACUGACUAAUUGAGAAUGCUCGAUGUUGUUUUAAUUUUUAGUAAACCUACUAAAAACUUGCGGUCUGCCGCACAGCUUUUACCUGGUUUGAUAUAAUAUUUUAGUUGAACUGGCAACGUUGCCUAGAAAAAGAAUGACAUAUGUGACAAGACCAAUUUACACAACUAGAAAAACACGAUUUUCGGUUAUAAGACUUGUACCAGUUUUUUUUGACGCGAAGUGUACAUGGCUGAUAUACAACACAUGCUGCACCUGUUCCGUCCUCACAUUUGAACCCAUCUGUAAAUAUUUUAGUUACGUUUCUUCCUUAAACAACGGGAUUGUUGAUAUUAAGAAGUAGGUAUUUAAAUUAGAGCUUUCUAUAUAUUCGAGAUAUAAAUAUAAUGAUUAAAAUAAACUCACAUAUGCAACCCAUUCAACAUAUAAAUAUAAUGGUUGAAAUAUAUGGUAAAGUUCAGUCAGAGAACAAGUUCAGUUAUAUAUUGUACAUUUCUGAUAUUUAUGUAGUUUUUAUCGAAAAAUAUAUCUACCCUUGUGAUAAUUGUACCUUCAUCUAUACAUUUGCUCAUUUUUAUAUGAUCUGUAGUUGUUUAAGUUUGAAAGUUUAAUAAAAGCCUGAUAUAUU